AUGGUUAUUACACCCGCAGACAGAAUGAAUUCGUUACAAAUUACCUACAACCCCAACCACUACGCCGAAUUUUGGAACCAAGCAACGCCUGACAUCAGAGCUGUUAUCUGGAGACAUAGGGAGAUCAACGCUGAUUCCGUCAAAAGAAUCGUAAGCAAAAACCGAGAGAUCGAAUCAUGGAACAGAGAAAGAUCAAUUCCUGAGCAGUAUGGACAGCAGCUCGAUCUCUGCGUAUUCACCAUGAUAGGGAGUUUAAUGGAUUUUGUGUUUCAACAAAACAGCAUCGAGAAAUUCAAUCACGCCGUGUCAUUAUUAAACUGGUACCUGGUGAGCAACCAGUAUCCAGUCAGCUGGGGCUUGGCAGAAAAUAUGAGGGCAAAAAGCUCGGAGAAUAUCGAAGAUCAAGAGAUUCAUCAAAACAUUGCCAAAGACCCUCAACGAAACAGCUCACCCUAUAGUGGGGUUAAUCCCAACCGAGACACCGAAGCAAAAAGUACGAAAGAAGAUGUAGCCAGUGAUAACGAAAAUGAGAGGGGUGAAUACUUUGCAAAUGCUAUUCUGCAAGAAUACAUCGGAAAUGAAGAUUCUGAAGAAGACAAGUCCUCCUUUUCCGGAGGCUUAUCCGCUGGAGACCCCUCCCCUGAAGGCUCUUCCCCCGAAGAUUCCACCUCUGAAGAUUUAUCCUCCUCUGAAGACUCUUCCUCCGCAAAUUCCUCCAAAGACUCCUCCCAAGACUAUUCCUCCGAGGAGUAUUCCUCUGAAGACUCUUCUCCCGAAGAUUCCACCUCUGAAGAUUUCUCCUCCUCUGAAGACUCUUCUUUCGAAGACUCCUUCAAAGACUCCUCUGAGGGCUAUUUCUCUGAAGGCUCUUCCAACGAUUCCACCUCCGAAGAUUUUUCCUCCGAAGAAGACUCCGAAAAUUUCUCUAAUGACUCAUCUGAAGAUUCCACCUCCGAAGAAGCGGAUUUCUCAUGGGACGAGGAAUAUUAA